AUGGCGUACAUGCUGUAUACCGCCUUCCUCUUUGUUCUGGUGCUUGCGACUGUGGGCUACGUCACUCGGCACCACUGGCUACAUCUCCUCCCUAUCCCCGAACCCAUCUACGCACGCCUUCCCACAUCGUUCCGCGACGACCUUGAAGCCGGGCUAUCUUCAUCCGCCUUCGAUCUCAGCAGCAACGUGGAGGAGGGGGAUUCGCGACAGGGUCUGGACGAUGCGGGGAAGAAGCAAGUCAAGCGCAUCAUGAAGAGGAAAGGCGUAGACUUUGAUGAAGCACGGAGAAUCUACAUGCAAGACCGGUUCAAGAAGAAUAAUAUUGGUGCAGACGGAGUCCCUCGGGACCCUAAAUUUGUUAGCUUUUCUUGA